UCAGCUUUCAUGAACGAAUCCAACAGCAUUUCGAGAUUUCGUAAACAACAUGAUGAAUACGUUGCUUAUAAUCUUUCUUUCUUUGCCCAAAUAUUCCUUUGCUGGCCUCCAUGUGAGUUUGAUAGACUACGUGUAUUGCGAUGAUGCCAUCCAAAAUGAGUACACUCAGACAAUGGCUGAUAGUUUUCUGCUAUCUGAAGGUGAAAGUUUGAAGUUGGACUGCGGAGUAUGCAAGUUUUGCUCAGCGAUGGCAAAGGAAUGCAAUGAAAAAUCUGAUUAUGAAGGAUGGACUAUACAACGCUCAAGGUAUUUAGGAUACGGGGGGUCUAUUGAGGGCGAACUCAAUGAUGCCCCGUUUGAACUCCCAAAAAUACGAAUGAGACUUCAUGAGCGAAUUUGGCCUGGAGCAUCCAUGUUUCCUCAGCCAGUUGAUUCGUUCCUCCGCUCUGAUGAUGCGUUGCUUCAAAGUGGUGCUUCUGCAGCAUCUCCCGGUCGAAAUGAUUCUGAAGCAAAAUCACGAACCCUUGCACAAAACAUUAACCUCUAUAUCUUGGUUGCAAAAGCAGAUCAACAAGCACAAGUUCUAAGGCCUCCGAGGAAACGAAACAGACAUGCUAGAGUUCAAAUGACAGUGGACACUGUUCACUUUCAGCAAACUCGCACGACGGACACUGGAGUGUACUAUUGCUACUGGAAUGGCAAACGUCUUAAAGAAUGGGCAGUGACUAUUGUGAAGGCUUAUGAAGAACCCUUUAGACACAUCUCCCUACCAACCUAUUAUGAGGAAAAUAUAGCAUCAUCUAAUAGAAUAGCUGCGAUGGAAAACAACGGGUCUACCAUCUAUAUAUACCCAGGAGACGGUCAACCGGAAACUCUACGUCCGGCAACUUUGCUGGACUACAAUCUGAGAGUGUACACUGAAUGGGGAUUAUGGAGCGAUUGCGUACCCUGCAUCCAACUGGAUGGGCCAAGUCAGUCUGAAAUUGCUGCAGCAGGUACUCAGAUGCGAGUGGGAACGUGUCGUGUUCGCAUUGUGGACACUUUCCAUUCCGUUCGGCCGCAUCCACUGGCGAUUCUUGUCGAUGCAACAAUGAGGACAUACAAUAGACGAGGUAUUCCUUGCCGCUCUCACUUGAUAAGUGAGGCUAUGCUUCUCUAUGGACCUGAUACACUAAAGCAAAGGCCAAGUGAACUUCAGAUGAGAGAAUGUGCUGUAAAAUGCCCCAUUCUUCCCAAAAAGUAA